UAUGACAAAGGGAACGUGAGUCGAAGGAAAGAACACAAGUCUUCUCACAAGAAGCAGCGACUUGAUGGCGGAGGGGAUGACAGGACCUCUGCCUUCAGCCCAGAAAGAUUGCACAAGACUUCUUUUAAAGAGCAACUCCGAGAAGCCCCCAUGGCAGGGGGCAGCAAGGAGAAGCACAAGAUGUCAGAUGGCAGCAAGAAGGAGAAGAACCGAGAGAGCAGCACCUCCAGAAAGGAGAAGCUGCACACCACGCCGCACUUGGAAGAGUCUUUGGGCAACCAUGUUAAGAAACAAAAACAUCGGGACUUGGAAAAAAGCAAAUUGGAAAAGCCCAAGCUGGGCCUGGAGACCUCUAACGUGGAGCGGGAGAAACGGAGAGCUGAGAGUGACUCCUCAACUAGGAUUAAAGAAAAGGGGAUUCCUGGGAGCUUA